AAAGCCCUUCUUUCUUUCUUCAGCAGCUGAAACGUUAUAAACCAAACCCUCAGUCAGUCUGAGUCUCCCAUAUCCAAAACCCCUUUCCAAUAAUAAUAUACAAAUAAAAAAUUCAAUAAAUAUCAGCUUACUGAUAAAAUUCGAAACUUCAUUUACUCCUGGAUCUCUCUCUCUCUGUCUAGAAUUUCUCGCUCUUUACUUUCUUCUCCAACCAAAUUCCCCAGAUUCUGCUUCUGCUCCGGUUGUAUCUCGAUUUGUGCAUACUUAGGAUCUUGAGAAGUUUGUGAACUGAAAUCUAGUUUUUGGGCUUAUUUCCUUGAUGGGGGACGCAGAAAAUGCCCUUCCACCCUCAAAGAAGAGGGCUGCUGGAAGGGAAAUCUCUCGAGAUAACCCUGGUCUUGAUGAUGAGGAAGAUACUUCUGAACUGGAAACUGGGACUUUCAAAAGGGCCAGUGAUCAGGUCUUGGCUACUAGAAGAAUUGUCAGAGUUCGCCGACAUCCAACCUCUGCUCCCUCUUCCAAUCCUUUUGCAGGGAUCAGAUUGGUUCCUCCCACUGAAGCCGCUGCAAACAAAGCUGAAGUUAAAAUAGAAGCACAAGUUGGACUUGGUGUACAAGUUGGUGAGAAAGCAAUUUUGGAUGAUGUAGAUGGAAAGACAGAGUCCAACAAUGAGAACGAAAGAGGUAAAGAAGCGGAGAGUAAGCAGUCAGAAGUCAAGAACAGUGAGGCUGAGGUCGAUGCCGGGGAGGCUGAGGCCAAGGCUGAGUUGAAGGCCGAAGGUGAGACUGAGUCUAAGGUUGAAGCUCAGUCAAAGGCAGAAGGUGACACUGAGACCAAGUCUGAAGCGGAGUCUAAAUCUGAGGCAGAAUCUGCUGCAAAUGAACAAAAUUCUGCAGAGGAGAAAAGUAAUGCUACCGCUGAUGAAGUGAAACCUGCGUCAGAUAAUGAACCAGCUGCAGAGGAAGACAAGACUGAAAAUGCUAGUAAGAAAGAUGAAAAAACAGAAAAUGUAGAUCUAAGUGUGGAAAGUACUCCUCUGAGCUCAUUUCAACAGCUUUCGAGUAGCCAAAAUGCUUUCACUAAUCUUUCCGGAACCGGUUUUUCCAGUUCUUCAUUUUCCUUUGGCUCUAUUGCAAAAGAAGGAUCUGCAUUCAGUACUAAUACUGGUUCGCUUUUUGGUUUCAAAACCGAACGACCUUCUUUUGGUCUUGGUCUUUCUAACAAUGGAAAUUCUUCCCUUUUUGGGAUGUCAAGCACAUCUGUUGUAUCCAAGAACGAGGGAAGCAGUUUCCCAUCAUUGCAAGAGGUUGAAGUUGAAACUGGGGAAGAAAACGAGGAAGUUGUUUUCAAUGCCGAUUCUGUGUUGUACGAAUACAUUGACAGAGGUUGGAAGGAACGUGGAAAGGGAGAAAUCAAGGUUAACGUUUCAAAACCCAUGAAGGACAAAGCCAGGCUUCUCAUGAGAGCAAGGGGAAAUUACCGGUUGAUUUUGAAUGCCAGCCUUUUUCCUGACAUGAAGCUCACAAGUAUGGACAAGAAGGGCCUAACCUUUGCCUGCAUGAACAGCACUGGGGAAGGUACAAGCGGGUUCUCUACUUUUGCUUUGAAAUUCAAAGACACUUCCAUUGUGGAAGAAUUUCGCACUGCCGUUAAUGCACACAAAGGUAGGACGUCGCCUGAGGUUCUUAAGACACCAGAGAAUUCCCCCAAGGCUUCUGAUGAGUGAAAGCUGCCGCUCCUUGUUCCUGUGCGGAUAUUUCUCUAGUGAAGCUUGCCAUUCCCUGUGGUAACUGCUGUCCCUUCUCAUUGCAAACAACAAAUGAAAGUCGUUUAGAAUUCGGCAAUGUUAAAGCCCCCUUUUGUAGCAGAGUUAUAGACGUGUCCGUUUUAGUAUUUUGGAAGUGCUGAACUUUCAAGUUUGGAUAAAAUUUCUUGGGUCCAGACUGGCAUAAAAAACAGUCGGGUUGAAUGUUUGACACAAGUUUUAUAGUUGGCCUGUUACUAAAUUAUGAGGUAUAUUUAGACUCCCAUUUCAUGGCGUGAAAUAUUUAGUUUUCCCCAACUAAUAUGUAUGUCACUUACCUGUGCUAUUUUAUUGAAGAGUCUAUUUCAAUGGGUUACAGUGGUCGGAGCCAAACGAUCUCUAAUUUACUGCCA